GUGAAAAGAGAAGAAAAACAAAACAUUAACAUACUUUUAUGUAAUUAAACUUAAAACUCCAAGUUUAACAGCAGAUAAUUAAGUACAUAUUUCAUAAUUUAAUUGAUAAAUUUUCGUCCAUUCGAUCAAUACAUAUAUAUAUUUUUGUGUAAAGGACGACUGACAGCUUGGCCUGUAAAAUGCUUGUUCGUUGUUGGCGACUGAAUUUCCUUGGAAAAAUUACCACAACCGGACCAAAGAGAUGUGGAUUUUGCAGUGCAGCUACAAAAAAACCCGAGGAAAACGUGCAAAAUAGCAACUAUGACAUUGUCAUUGCUGGUGGUGGAAUGGUUGGAACGACCAUGGCUUGUUCAUUAGCUCAUAAUUCUAUGCUCAAAGACAAAAAUAUACUUCUAUUAGAGGCAGGACCUGCUAAAGAAUACCAAAUCUCACCAAAAUACAGCAAUAGAGUUUCUGCGUUGAGUGAAGCCACCAGAGGUUUGAUGUUGGAAAUUGGAGCUUGGUCAUUGAUUGAAUCUGCCAGAUUUUGUCCAGUCAAAAAAAUGCAGGUUUGGGAGGCAAGUUCCGAGGCUGUUCUGAACUUCAACAAUCCUCAGCUGGACGAUCCAAUAGCCUACAUCGUCGAAAAUGACGUCUUGAUGGGAGCAGUAACGCAAAGAGUUACUGACAGCUCAGCCACUGUCAAAUAUGGGGCAAAAAUCGAGUCCUGUAAUUUGGAUGAGUUGUCUGGAAGACCCACCGUCACUCUUUCAUCAGGAGAAAAAAUCACCUGCAGCCUUUUGAUUGGAGCUGAUGGCGCUGGAUCUCAAGUGAGGAAAGCAAUUGGUGGAAAAUAUCUCUCAUGGAAUUACGAUUUCAUGGGUGUUGUUGCAACGUUAAAACUAUCAGAGCCAACAAGCAAUGUGGUGGCCUGGCAGAGGUUUCUCCCCACCGGUCCCAUCGCUCUUCUUCCGCUGAACGGUGAAAUGAGUUCACUUGUGUGGUCCCUGCCGAAUGAAAAAGCAAAGCACGUCCUGUCGCUGCCAAGCGAGUCUUUCGUCGACGCUGUCAAUGAAGCUUUUUGGAAGCAGCACAAGCAAGACCCGUUGGUGGUGGACGCGACACGCACCGUCGGCAGAGCCCUCGCCUCCCUCCUGCCCUUCUCGUCCUCGAGCCCAGGGUCGCAGCAAAUGCAGCCGUCGAUCGCGUCCGAAGAAGUGGGCAGCAGGGCUGCUUUUCCUUUGGGAUUCGGACACGCUACUUACUACGUGAAACAUGGAGCAGCACUUAUUGGAGAUGCCGCCCACAGAAUCCACCCUCUAGCCGGUCAGGGUGUGAACCUUGGCUUUGGAGACGUCAAGUGCCUGACGGAAAUUCUGGCCACCAGCGCUCAAAAUGGAACAGCACUCGGACAACUGAAACCAUUGUUGGACUACGAGAAGGAGCGGCAACGACACAAUCUGCCCCUGAUGUUUGGGGUGGACGGAAUGCACCGCCUGUACACAACCAACAAUGUGGUCGCUGCCCUCGCCAGGGGAGUUGGGGUUACAGUUGUGGAGGCUCUCACACCAUUGAAAGGUCUUUUCUCAAAAUAUGCUGCGAGUUAGAUAUUUGUUUUGGAGUUAGGAGGAGAUUCAAUAAAUCUGUUGAGCUUUUGAAAUAUUAUGGGCUUCAUAAUUUCUGACACUUACAUAAUCUCAUUUGAUAAAUUCAAUCAGGGACUUGUUAUGAAAUGAAAGAUUUUGAUUUUUAUUAAUUUUUAUGCAUUUUUAUUUUCAUUAUGUACCAUAAUAAUUAAAU